AGGAAAUGGACUUCUCCUCGAUUAUCACAAAUCAAGAGGCUCUUGGAAAGGCAAAAUAUGUCUUCAAGGAUGCUGAAUCUGGAAAAGAUAUGCCAGUUGAUGAUUACAUGAACGUAGUCGUACAUGAUAUGAAACUUGACCGACAAGACGAUUCCUAUUCCUCAAUUUUCAAUAGUCAAAUGAGAGAUUUCAUUGGUGGUGAUGAAGGCGAGAAACUGCAUGAAGUGUCGAAGGUUCUUGAUGAAUUUAUUGAAAGUGAUUCCUUAUUGUCACAUUACCCCUCAGAAGUUUUAGAUAAACCACUUACGCCAGAAAAGAAUGCAUUAAACUUUAUUGAGAAGCCUGUAUCCUUAGUCAAUACAAUUACUAAAACUUUUGAUAAGAAUAAACUUUUGAAUCCGAAAAGUCCAAGAAGUAGCAAGAAGAAAUUAUCGAUCUGGAGAACCUCUUUUGAGGAGCUUAAGGAUUUGAAAACCUCAAACCUAGAAAGCAUUCCUAGCUUAAAAACUCAUCAGCAUAAACAUAAUAAAUUGCAUAAUUAUAAUUCAAAGAAUUCGAGGAUGAUAUUUAAUGAAGGCCGUCAGCGUAAAAUGAUCAAUAUCGACUGAGUAAAUGUCCAAUGCAAUCCUCAAAGUGAUGAUGUAAUUGAGCUCCCCACUCCUCAGAACAACAAGAAAGAGAGACCGACGAGUGUGAACUAUAACUCAAGGUUGAAGCCCAUAAAUGCUGAAUCUGAUGUUGUUUCGAUCAAACUUCAAGGAUAUUCGAGGAAAGAUUUGAUAGAGCCCUUAUACAAAAGAUCUAGCAAGCCUAAGAAUAUGUUCAAAGCGCAACCUCAGAAGGGCCCUUCUGACAUAAAGAUCAGGCGAAAAUCAAAAGGUAAAAAGCAGAGCAGGAACACUAAGAUAACUCGUACAAAAUCGCCUCAAAGAAAGGAUAUCAAGUUCGACACUCUUAAAACUUUUAAAUAAUGCUCAGGACAGAAAGCUUAGCAAGGACUCUAAGCAUUCUAAAUAAGCAUGAAAAAUCAUUGGGGAGAAAAAGCUUAGACUGAAGACCCCUGUCAAAAGCUAACCUAAAUAUGGUCAGUAAGAAGUCAAAUCCUGGCAUGAGUCUGACUAAAACUCAGAGAUUAUAUGGAAUAUUCGCUACUCCUUUAGGAGUUCCAAGACUUAAAAUUUCCAAAAAGACACUAAGAAAUUCCAACAAAGGGUCAAAAGGUGUGUCUAUCCUCCAACCUUCUAUGUCAAAACAAAGCUCCAAAGCCCCAAAAAUGCUCAAAAACAUACAAAAAUCUGGCCCAAAAAGAGGCAGUCGUCUUCCUUGAAUUACAAGCAUGAACAAAAAGCAGCCAAGGAAGUUAAAAAAGAGAUUUUUCUUGAAUUCUGACGCUAACAACCUAUAAAUCCCCAAAAAUUGUAUCUAAGCUCAUGAAAUUAUGAUAAAAC